GACUGGGCGUGGCGUGGCGACAGUUUACAGCAGUAGGUGUUCAUACCUGUCUUUGAACUGGAAAUUUCAAGCUUUCGCCAUCUUGGGUUCAGUCAUAAGUCCUUUCUUUCUGCGGUGAAGACUUUAAACUUGAUUUCUUUGUGUUGCUUUGAAUUUGAAGGAGCCCGAAGCCACGAUGCAAGCGAUCAAAUGUGUAGUUGUUGGAGACGGUGCUGUUGGUAAAACCUGCUUGUUGAUCAGCUAUACUACAAAUGCUUUUCCGGGGGAGUAUAUUCCGACAGUAUUUGAUAAUUAUUCUGCAAAUGUUAUGGUUGAUGGCAAACCUAUAAAUCUUGGCUUAUGGGAUACAGCAGGACAAGAGGAUUAUGACCGACUGAGGCCACUUUCAUAUCCACAAACUGACGUCUUUUUAAUCUGCUUCUCUCUAAUAAGUCCAGCUUCCUAUGAAAAUGUUCGAGCAAAAUGGUUCCCAGAAGUCAGCCAUCAUUGUCCUAAUACACCAAUAAUUUUAGUUGGCACCAAACUUGACUUGCGAGAUGACAAGGAAACUAUUGAAAAACUGAAGGAGAAAAAGCUGUCACCUUUAACGUAUGCGCAAGGCUUGCAGAUGGGAAAAGAAGUGGGUGCCGUGAAAUACCUGGAAUGUUCAGCUCUUACGCAAAAGGGACUAAAAACAGUUUUUGAUGAGGCAAUCAGGGCAGUGCUUUGCCCUCAACCGAAGAAGACAAAGAAAAAAGGAGGAUGUCAGCUACUAUAAAUUUCCGAUCAUGUUUGAACACCAGACUGCAAUUUGUGUGUAUAGUUUCUGCUUUUAUCUGGACAGUUGCUAGUCCUGAUACUCUGGGAGAGGGGUGCUCCCUUAUAUGGGUUAUAUAGAUUAAGUGUGGCCCCAAAGGGUAUGGUUUUUAGGCCAUUUUUG